AUGAUCUGCAAGUUGAUCACCUACGGCCCGGACCGUCAGUCGGCGCUGCAGACGAUGCGCGAAGCUCUUGACAGCUACGUCAUUCGUGGUGUCACGCACAACAUUCCUAUUCUGCGCGACAUGAUCGACCAUCCUCGCUUCAUCUCUGGCGACAUCUCGACCAAGUUCAUCCAAGAAGAGUACCCCACGGGCUUUGCCAAGCGAGAACUGAAGGAUUUGCAGCUUCAUCAUCUCCUUAGCACGGCCGCUGCUCUCAAGGCGACCGAGCUUGUCGACAAUGUGUCGUUCCAAAGCAAGGUUGCUCGUCAAGAUGUCGUCUCCGAGGUCGCCUCUGGAGUUGAGGCGCAAGAGUACGUGGUUUUGCUCGAUGGCGCCCCACAUCGCAUCAUCCUUUCGUCCGUUGAAGGAAUGUCUCAGGUUGAGUUUGAGGAUGGCUCGAAACUCGCAGUCUCUGAAGACAGCGAAGCACCCACCAACCAUAUCCGUGUCCGCCACUUUAUUGUGGAGGAACCUUGUGAGCACGAGGACGAAGAGCUUGUCGACGAAACGGCUGCGGCUUCCGAGGAUGUCGAGUUUGAAGACUCGCACGAUCACAUUUCUGAUGUCGUCACCAUCCAGAACCUUGGCUCCAUCCCCGGCGGCUUCAAGAUUGGCUAUUUGGGCGGCGUGUACGAUGUGGUCUUCCUGACACCUCGUGAGUACGAGCUGUCCAAGCUGAUGCCCAAGAAGGCGAAGGCCGACACGAGCAUGAUGGUGGUUUCGCCCAUGCCUGGCACUGUUGUGACGAUUGCAGUGUCCGCUGGUGAUUCUGUAAGGACGGCCUGCUCGCUUCAAUGCUGA